GUUGCAGUUUUGCAACAGCUGGAGGCACCCUGGUUGGGAAACACUGAUUUGAUGAAUGAGAUUGUGUUUACUGAUGUCGACAGCUGUCACGUGUCGUCCAUAUUUAAAGGGGUCCUGGGCGGAGUAAACAAGGCUGGUGUUUACUAUGCCGCCCAGUUAUGGCUCAGAUCCCCGCCCAGCGCUGCCCAUGAUGCCACCCAUAGUGGCUGAGACUUCAUAAUAAAGUCAGAAGAAGGUCGAGCAAGUGAGGACAGAGGUGAAGUGAGUUAUUAUGAUGAUCGGUCACAUGAUGCAGGAGGAGCGGAGCUUACUUGAAAUUGACUUUGAUUAUACAGUGACAAAUUACACUGUGGGGGCAGGGCUCCUCGUGGGUGGAGUCUGCUUACUCUGGCUGAUCCAAUGGAUAUCUCAAGGUCAACAGUCAGAACCCCCAGAACCUCAAACUCCAAGACGGCCAACACAGAAGACUCCUCACAAGCAGAGUAAGAAGAGAAAGAAGGUGCUGAGCAUAAAGCAAAGGAUUCGGAGGGGCUGGGUACAACCUCCUGCUGCACCACAUCACCAAUCCAUGCCCAAUCCGCUCCUCAGCCACCCUUCUGAAUCGGAGACCACGGAUUUGCCCCCUGAAGUGCUUUAUAUGCUCCAAAGUGUUCGCUUGCUGGGACACUUUGAGCGCCCUCUCUUCUUGUCAUUGUGCCAACACGUGGUGUAUGAGUAUUAUGAACCCGGACAUUUGGUCUUCUGCCCUGGGCAGCCUGACUCCAGUAUUUACAUAGUCCUGGAAGGAAAACUUGAGCUUUCACUCACCGAACCAGACGGUACCAGACAUUAUAUGAAGUCAGUGGAUCCUGGUGACAGUGUGCACAGUCUUCUCAGUAUUCUGGAUGUUCUCACGGGUCACCAGAGGCCUUAUCGCACAGUGACGGCAAAGGCCAUAGAAAAAAGCACCGUACUGCGUCUUCCUGUGGAAGCAUUUUGUGCCGUCUUUAAGCUGUAUCCACAAAGCCUCAUCCGGACUGUUCAGAUUAUAGCCCUUCGUCUGCAAAGAGUCACUUUCCUUGCUCUACAUCAUUAUCUGGGACUGACCAUUGAGCUAUUCCAGCAUGAACUGCAGGCGGAAUCAGGCACUUCUCCAGCUACACGACCUCGUCUUGCUAGAAGUAUGACGCACGUUGAAGGUGACAAGGAAAGUGCCUCUAUGGCAUCACCAACUCGCCAAAGACCUCCACCAUUGGGACGUUGCAAAUCUUCUUCUUCAGGAAGACCAGGGUUUUGGCGGUCCCUGGACUGUGAGCUGGAGCAGAGUCGUAUGCUACAGACGCCUGCAUCUACACCUGCUGUGGAUCCAGACUUGGAAGCUGAGAUGACAAAGGCAUUAUUAGAGAAUGGAAAAAGACAGAUGGCCAAACUGAUGGACCUUGAGGAUGCUUCUUUACUGGAAAAUAAGGUUUCUCUUCAUCAUGUUAAGGCCGAGACCAUUAUUGCAUGGAAAGGAGAACAGGAUGUUGGGCUCCACUAUGUCCUCUCAGGCCGCUUCCAUAUUUAUCAAGGACUCACGGGCCAAGAGGACUCUUGUAUCUUUGUGACGGCUCCUGGUGAGAUGAUCGGACAGCUGACUGUCCUUACUGGAGAACCCCUGAUCUUCACCAUAAGAGCUGUCCAAGACACCUCCUUCUUAUGCCUGAGUCGGACUCACUUUUACCAGAUCCUCCGUUCUCAUCCACAUGUUCUUCUCUCCGUGGCACAUUCUGUUGCUCGGCGUGUCUCUCCAUUUGUGAGACAGGUGGAUUUUGCCAUUGAUUGGAUCGGGGUGGAGGCUGGUAAAGAGCUUUAUAGAAAGGGGGAUCCUUCAGACUGUACAUAUAUUGCACUGAAUGGUCGCCUUCGCUCAGUCAUCCAGCACCCAGACGGGAAGAAACGUGUAGUUGGGGAACACGGACGAGGAGCGCUCAUUGGUAUGGUUGAGGCGUUAACCCAUCAACCAAGAGCAACAUCAGUUCACGCAAUACGAGAUUCUGAAUUAGCAAAACUGCCAGAUGGGGCUUUGUCUUAUAUCAAAAGGAGACACCCACAGGUGGUGACCAGACUAAUUCAUAUUUUAAGCCAUAAAAUCCUGGGAAAUCUACAGCAACCACAAGGUGACCUUACUGACCCUGGCAAUGUUGCCAACAAUCUCUGCACUGUAUGCGUUUUACCUUGCAGUAACAAUGUCCCUCUCACUGCAUUUACCAUGGAGCUCAGACAUGCAAUGAAUGCCAUAGGACCAACUCUGGUUCUUACAAGUGACAUCAUCAGGGUGCGGCUUGGAGCCUAUGCCUUAGAAAGUACCCAUGAUUGUCAGUUGUCUACCUGGCUCGCUCAGCAAGAAGACCUUCACCGUAUUGUCCUAUACCAAACUGAAUUUUCCCUCACACCAUGGACCAUACGCUGCAUCCGUCAGGCUGACUGUAUUUUACUGGUAGGAUUAGGAGAAGAAGAGCCAGCACUGGGGGAGCUAGAAAAGUUCCUUGAGAAUUCUCCUGUAAGAGCCCUCAAGCAACUUGUUCUUCUUCACCGGAUGGAUGGUCCUUCUCCUUCAGGAACAGUAGAAUGGCUAAAACUGAGGAACUGGGUCUCGGGACAUUUUCAUAUUCGAGGUCCAAAGAGGAUGUUCACAAAGAGACCACCUCAUAAAAUGUUGGAUUUCUACUCCAAAAUCCUGAAGAAAGAAGUUGACUAUCAUAGUGACUUCUCUCGACUUGCUCGAACUUUAACAGGAAACGCCAUUGCUUUAGUAUUAGGUGGUGGUGGAGCUAGAGGGUUUGCUCAUGUUGGGAUUAUAAAGGCGUUGGAAGAGGCAGGAAUUCCGGUGGACAUGGUGGGAGGAACCUCCAUGGGGGCAUUGGUUGGUGGUGUUUAUGCUGAAGAACUUGAUGCCAGUAAAACUAAAGAGAGGACCAGCAAAUGGGCAGAGAUGAUGUCCUCUCUGCCAAGGACUGCUCUUGAUCUCACCUACCCCAUCACCUCCCUGUUAUCAGGAUCCAGGUUCAACACAACCUUGAUUCACCUUUUUGGACAGCGGCAAAUCCAGGACCUAUGGCUUCCAUAUUUCUGCAUCACAACAGAUAUCAGUUCUUCUUCAAUGAGAAUUCACCAAGAAGGCAUACUUUGGCGCUACAUUCGAGCAACUACCUCCUAUAUGCCAUAUCUUCCUCCUCUGUGCGACCCGGUGGACAAUCACUUAUUACUGGACGGAUGCUAUGUCAAUAAUCUUCCAGCGGAUGUGGCCCGUUCUAUGGGGGCACGUACAGUCCUUGCAGUUGAUGUUGGACAGCAGGGAGAAUGGCAUACCUAUAAUUAUGGAGAUAGUCUCUCUGGCUGGUGGCUACUUUGGAAUCGUAUAAACCCUUGGGGAACAAAAGUGAAGAUCCCAGACAUGGCAGAGCUACAGUCCCGCUUGUCAUAUGUCUCUUGUGUGCGGCACCUCCAGAUGGUGAAGCUCAGUGGCUACUGUGAGUAUCUGUGCCCUCCGGUGCAGCGCUUCUCUACAUCUGAAUUCCGUCGCUUCCAGGAAGUAUGUGACAUUGGAUACGACUAUGGGAAGCUCAUAUUCACUGAGUGGCAUCGAGGAGAUGUCAUUGAGAAGAUGCUACAGGACCGAAGUGCCCCAGAAUUAGACCAGCGCCAUGAGAGUGGUGUUGGCAUGGCCCCAGGCUUCACCGAUCUGGCCGAAAUUGUGUCCCGUAUAGAACCUGCCAGCAAUCGAUACAUUUACCAACACCAGAAAGUGGCAGACGAGAGAGACCAUGUAAUGCAUUAUGCAGAGGAAUCUUUGCUUAGUGAAGACAAUCCUGAGACCGAGUACAGAAGUGACGCCUGUAAGACAGAUGAAGAGAAGUCACUGAGGAUUAAACACGGUUUUGGCUCCGAUCCUCCUCAUUGAACUUUUGAUUCAUUGUUGCUGUGAAGUUAUAGAAAUAAAACAAUAAUUCCAUAGGUCAUUUAUUAAAACGGAAAAACUGGAACUGGCCUUGUUGCCCAUAGCAACCAAAUACAUUGCAGUUUAUUUUUUUUUUUCAGAGUAAAAGGAAGAAAUGGAGGCUGAGCUCUGACUAGUUGCUAUGGGCAACCAAUCUGAUAACUGGGCCUAUUUGUUGUAUUUCUGGGAUUGAUAAAGUGUACCUGUCAUUUAAAAACAAAACCCAUUUAAUGUGUCACAGAGACAUGUCAAAAGUGUUGAUUGGUCGGGGUCUCAGCAUUAAGGAGCAGGAGAAUGAGCGGGGAUAAGCGUUGCGGUAGCAUGCGUCACUCCUUGUCUCGCAGCUCCAUUAUAAGGAUGGGUUCACACAACAGAAUUUUUAGCGUGCACCUUAUACACUGCUGAGUUUGGAAAUUCAAAUUCUGAACUCCCCCCGGACGAACAAAUAUGUUCAUUCUUUUUGCCGAUCUGUUCAAAGAUACUUGGCAAUGUUGCCCACGCGGUUCUUGUGCCGACUGCUGUCAGCAGUGCCCCCCUUGGAAUCUUCAGCCGUGAAUUUUCUGUCAAGAGAGUCCGUCACGUGAACCCGGCUUGAGUCUCUAGGGCAGCAAGGAAAGAUAGCUGAGAACCGGGGAGUAAUGUACACUUCUGUGAGCUUACCCUUGCUCGUUUUCCUGAUUGGUGAGGGUCUCAGCACCGAGACCCUGAAGGAUCAAAACUUUUUACAUGCCUCCCUGACAUGUCCAAAAAUGUUUUAAAUGACUGCGACACUUUAAAGUUGCAGCCGACUUUUGGGAAUGCAACAGCAUGUAUUAUAUAUUGUGUAUUUAUAGCACUUGACCUGUAGAUGGCACUGUGUCCAUUUAGGUUACUGGUUGUAUAUGUCUGUGAACUUGUUGGUACACUCACAGAAAGGAAGUUAAAGGCGUACUGUGCUGCUAGACAUCUUAUCCCCUAUCCAAAGAAUAGGGGAUUAAGAUGUCUGAUCGAGGGAGGCCCCCUGUGAUCUCCCACAGCACAUUGUGUUCUAAACAAACACUGGGUUCCUGCAGCAGUGGUCAUGACGUCAGGGCACACUCCCUCCAUUCAUGUCUAUGGGAGGGGGCAUUGACACCCCCCCUCCCAUAGACAUGAAUGGAGGGAGCGUGGUGUGACGUCACAAGGGGGUGUGGCUGGGAUGUCCCGAUCACAGCCUCUGGCUCCGAACAAAAUGUUUAGAACGGUGGAGCACUGGAGUACACUUUUCAUUUUUUUUCUUCUUAUGCUCUCUUUUCCUUCAUGCCAUGAUGGCUACUGUUACAGUCUGCUGAUAUGUUUUGUACGUUUGCAGUUUAAUCCAUAUAAGUAAACCUAGUCUUGCCUCAUCAAAAGCUUCCAGUGUUUUCUCUAAUACAUAACCAACACCAACUACCCACUGCCCAUGCCAACCAACCAGUUGAU